GUUUGAGCGUGGCCGUGGGGGAAGGGAUAGAGCUGUGCGGCUUCAUAAACAAGUAGGAGUCGGAGGCUGAGACAGUUAGGAAAGAUGUCUCGCCAAAGAUUGGGCGAUUUGGGUCGCGCUCUGUGGCAGAAAAGCAGCAGCGCGCCUCUGUGCGCAGGCUUAAAAAUCCCUGCUUUUGCUUGUGGAGGUGUUGCGUCCAGCUGCGGAGCUCCGGGCGAGCAUAAAUGCUGCAAACAGGGCGCGAACAGCAGCCGAGCUCCCGCAAACGUGGCAGCCAACCCGAACCCCCACUCCGGCGCUGCUGCGGGACACAGGCACCACGUAGUCGGGAAACUGAGAGGGGAGGAAGCCCUCGCGAAGUCCGGCAGGGCUUUCUCUUCCACGGCCCCUCAGAUCGACCACAAAACGUACCUGUGGGCCAGAUAUAACGAAAUGAAGCGGCUCGUUCACGAUUUGAUUCCUCCUGGAGUUUGCAACCUCCUCAAUCCCUCCACCAUCUACGCCAACAACGAGGUGAACCUCGACGAGGUGGACAUCUACGGCUUCGACUACGAUUACACUCUGGCCCUCUACUCCAACUCUCUGAAUGAGAUGAUCUACAACAAAGCGCGACAGUUUCUCGUGGAGCACUACAAGUAUCCACAGGGUAUAAGCAAAUACAACUACAUCCCCAACUUUGCAGCCCGGGGUCUUCACUAUGACAUCCAGAAGGGACUUCUGAUGAAAAUAGAUGCCUUCCAUUACAUUCAGAUGGGAACAGUAUACAGGGGUCUGAAGCCUGUUCCAGACGAGGAGGUCAUGCAGUUGUAUAGAGGUUCCAACCACGUCCCUCUCCACCAAGUCAGCGGCUUCUACGGCAAGGGUCCAAAGAUGAAGCAGUUCAUGGAUGUGUUCUCCCUCCCAGAGAUGACUCUCUUGGCUGCUGCUAAUGACUACUUCAUCUCCAAUGACAUAGAAUAUGACCCUGUGCAUCUCUACAAAGAUGUGUCUGACGCUAUUGCCAUGGUACACAUCAAGGGGUACAUGUACAAGUGGAUAAUGCAAGACCUGGAGAAAUACAUCCUCAGAGGAGAUGAAACCUAUGCAGUGCUGCAUCGGCUGGCCAGCCAUGGAAAGAAACUCUUCCUUAUUACCAACAGUCCCUUCAGCUUUGUGGACAAAGGCAUGAAGUACAUGGUAGGAAAAGACUGGAGGGACUUCUUCGACGUAGUCAUCGUACAAGCCGACAAGCCACAUUUUUUUAACGACUGUGUGAAGCCUUUCAGACGAUUGGAUAGUAAUGGAGACCUCCAGUGGGACAAGAUCAAGAGUUUGGACAAAGGGCAGAUCUACAAGCAGGGAAACCUUGUUGACUUUCUGAAGCUAACAGGCUGGCGAGGAUCCAAGGUGCUCUAUUUUGGGGACCAUCUUUACAGCGACUUGGCUGAUUUGAUGCUACGUCACGGCUGGAGGACAGGGGCGAUUGUCCCUGAGCUGGAGGUGGAGACGAAGGUGGUGAACACGGAGCAGUAUGCUCAGAGUCUUACCUGGCUGCAGGCUCUCACUGGCCUUCUGGAGCGCAUGCAGAUGUAUCGAGAUGCUGAAUCCAAAAAAGUGCUUCAGGACUGGCUGAAAGAGAGAGAAGAGCUUCGAGCUGUCACCAAGAAUCUGUUCAAUCCCCAGUUUGGAAGCAUCUUUCGUACGUGCCACAACCCCACUUACUUCUCUCGUCGCCUUUGCCGGUUCUCUGACCUCUACAUGGCGUCUAUCAGCUGCCUGCUGAACUAUGACCUCUCGUACACUUUCUACCCCCGGCGGACGCCCCUGCAGCACGAGGCCCCGCUCUGGAUGGACCAGCUCUGUACCGGCUGCAUGAAGACGCCUUUCCUGGAGGAGAUGGCCCACAUUCGCUAAACCUGACUGCUUCAGUCGCUGUUGCAUACCGCACAAAUUUGAACUGAGAUUAUAAAUCUCACAGACGUUCUGAGAGCAUCUCAUGAAAUCUGCAUGUGUGCAGGAAACAAAACAAAAAAAAUGCUCACACAAAUGAUUUCUGCCCCUCCUUGCAUUUUAGGCUGACCUGUAGUUAGUGGUGAAGUGCUCAUGUAGUUGGACGAGGUGAUGGGGCUUUUGUAAUCCAAGAUACUAUGCUGGACAUAUAACUGCGCCACCUUUUGGAACUUCUGUUACAUUGCAUCCUUAGUGUUUACAAGCCUUUCACAGGAUGGAUGGUUAAAUUGGUUGAAGGAACUGAAACCUGCAGUUGAAGAAAGCUGCGAGUGUUUUGCUCUUGAUACAGUCGCAUCGUUCUUUAACCUGCAACGCUAUAUGCAGUGGUAGCAUUUGGCAAUGACUGUUUACCUGUUUUAUGAUUGGAACGUACCAAUUGGAACAGUUGUAAUAAACGUGUCUGUUACGACAGCAUGAUGAACAUUACUGGGGGUAAAGUUUAGUAAAGAGGAGUGGACUGAGAAAGUGUUAAGCUAACAGAGUGGAAUUAAUUCUGUAAUCUCUUUUAUAGUAUAUGAAGUCGUACGUUAUGGUGAUUUUUAUUUUUAUUUUCCUCUCGCCAAAAGGAGCAAAACGUUUGCUGAACGCGGCCCUGAAAAGUCUCAACAUGGAUCUUUUUGCAUUUUGGUAAUAUUUGCAAGGCCUAACUAUUGGUUGGUAAAACUAAAAUAAAUGGAAAAACAAAA